GACUAAUCACAACUGUUUUUUCAGUACCAGCCGAGCUCCUCACUUUGUAGCAGGCUGGCUGGCAUUUCUUGCCUCCAGUCUACCAUCAGUCUCAGAACCGCGCUGCUCAUAUCAUGUAUACCCACAGAAAAUACUCGUAAACCGGCUCCAGGAGACGGCAAGACUGUCUGGACACCGACACCGGAUUCGGUGGAGGUUUUGUGACCGACUAACCCGAGCCUUUUGCGCCGUGUCCGCAGCAUUAGGCCUCAUGGAGCUGGAGACCAGACACCUGCUGUGCACCAGGGAGCUCGAUCCAUGCCCGGUUCCCAGUAAACAAACAUAAAGGGUGGGAACCUUACUGGCCCUUUACUUCCUUCCCCCCCAUAACCACAGGGGCGAUUUUUGGGUAUCUUGUCCUCUCCCUUCUGUGGCCCCAGAAUGAUUGGCAAGCUGAAACAGAACUUGCUGGUGGCCUGUCUGGUCAUCAGCUCGGUCACAGUUUUCUACUUAGGCCGCCAUGCAAUGGAGUGUCAUCAUCGCAUCGAGGAAUACAGCCAGCCAGGAGGAAUCCUGCCUCUCUCUGGGCUGGGAGGCAGCAUGCGGACCACCUUACGGACAGGCCAGAACCUCAGCACGCCGUUCAUUUACAACAAAGACAUGCCGCUCAUUUUCAUCGGUGGCGUACCCCGUAGCGGGACCACACUAAUGCGAGCUAUGCUGGACGCCCACCCCGAGGUCCGCUGUGGUGAGGAAACUCGCGUCAUCCCACGCAUCCUGGCCAUGAAACAGAUGUGGAGCCGCUCGGGUCGGGAGAAGAUGCGCCUGGACGAGGCUGGCGUGACUGACGAGGUGCUGGACGCCGCCAUGCAGGCCUUCCUGCUGGAAAUAAUCGUCAAACACGGCGAGCCCGCCAGCUUUCUGUGCAACAAGGACCCAUUUGCACUGAAAUCUCUUUCCUACCUGGCCAAAAUAUUUCCCCGUGCCAAGUUUGUGCUCAUGAUUAGAGACGGUCGGGCUUCGGUCCAUUCCAUGAUCUCGCGAAAGGUGACCAUUGCCGGGUUUGACUUGGGGAGCUACAGGGACUGCCUGACCAAGUGGAACCGGGCCAUAGAGACGAUGUACACUCAGUGCCUGGACGCUGCAGACAAAUGCCUGCCUAUGCACUAUGAACAAUUGGUCCUGCAUCCUGAAAAAUGGAUGAGGACACUGCUGAAGUUCCUUGAUAUUCCCUGGAAUAAUGCCGUUCUCCACCACGAGGAGCUCAUAGGGAAAGCUGGAGGAGUGUCCCUCUCCAAGGUGGAGAGGUCCACAGACCAGGUCAUCAAGCCAGUUAAUGUGGAGGCCUUGUCCAAGUGGGUGGGAAAGAUCCCAGCUGAUGUGGUGAGGGACAUGGCCGUCAUCGCCCCUAUGCUGUCCAGGCUAGGCUAUGACCCACAUGCCAAUCCCCCAAACUAUGGCCAACCUGACCCCAAAGUGCUGGACAACACUAGAAGGGUCUAUAAAGGUGAAUUUCAGCUCCCAGAUUUCCUAAAAGAACAACCACAGAUCCAGAAGGCUGCAGAGAGACCCAAUCCCAGUUAGGAGCAGAGGCAGCGUCGGCACCAAAACACACAGGACUCGCUGCAAAGGAACAGCGCAUCGCCGAUAUCGUCUCAGUCAUGUCACAGCCCUGUUCAGCUUUGGCACAUCUCAAGUGUCACAUGACCACAGCUGGGACACGACCCCCCCCCCCCCCAAUAUAUAAAUAUAUAUAAAUAUAUGUACACACACACACACACACCCACACACACACACACACACACACACACACACACACACACACACAGAGGUGGGCUGCGACCACUCCUUGUCAUCAGAAGUCUCGGCCUUCAGUAUUGUACUGUACAAAAACAUGGAUGUCAGCACCACUGAAUGUCUGCUGAUUGUCAUUCUCACGUCACGUCAUGCUCAUCAGCUUGUAGAAAUCAUUUCUGGCCUUUUAGAGGAGAACUAUUUAUGAAUGGAAAAUUAGCUUUUGGAAGAUGCAAUACCUAUUUUGAUGAUGAUUUCUUUUCUUUUUUUUUUUGUUGUUUUUCAUGCCGUUGUAUUGUGCAAUGUCAUGGGUACUGAUCAGUUUGAUGUAUCAACCGUGAUAAAAGAUGCUUUUUUAAAAAAAACAAA